AUGUUUGACUCUCCUCCAUUUCGGCUGUUCUCGCCUCUCGCACACACUAUGGCGUCAGCGCACGCUCAACACAGCGCCACAAUUUUUGUAGCUGCGAUUACUCGCGAUGACACAAGUUCGAGUUUACUCGACACCUCUCUAUACAAACUUAUUCAUUUGAAAGUGAAGAUGCUAGUAAAACAGAACGUAAGAUUCCGAUACUUUUGGCAAACAAAUAAUAAUCACGUCAACGAAUCAUCAUUACCUGAUUCAUCGCUGAAGAGUAAAUUGCAGUCGAUUCAUUCUGAAAGUGGUGUACCGAGUAGUCAUGUCGGCAGAGAAAAGCGACUUUUUUCAUUGUUCACUUUGGUGAAAUUUGACAACAACGUUUGUAUUGGAUCGAAUGGAGAAAAUGGUACCUGUGUGACAGCGUCGGAAUGUUUGCAACGCGGAGGCGUAGCUAGCGGGGUUUGUGCAAAUGAUUACGGGGUUUGUUGCAUCGUAACUGUAUCUUGCGGCGAGACGACUGCCAACAAUAAUACGUAUUUCGUUAAUCCGAAUUAUCCAUCGACUUUCGACGGUACGCUAUCCUGUCAGUUAACGUUGAUUAAGUCGCAUCCAACUGUAUGCCAAUUUAGACUGGAUUUCGUGCAAUUCAACAUAAGAGGUCCUGAAACGACGAACCAUCAGUGUGUCUAUGAUCAAUUUAUCGUUUCUGGGGGCAAUCCGGUGCCCACUAUAUGUGGAAGUAACACCGGGAAUCAUAUAUACAUCGAUUCUGGUCUCGGACAAACGAAUCCUGUUACGUUAACGUUCGUUACAAGUGGACAUUCUUUUCCUCGAUCUUGGAAAGUACGAGUUUCUCAAAUUCGUUGCAACACGAUAUACAGGGCGGAAGAAGGAUGUUUGCAAUAUUUUACAGGGAUAUCCGGAGAAAUAAAGUCGUUCAAUUAUAAUUCUAUCACUGGACUGCAAUUAUCGAAUCAAGAUUACAGCAUCUGCAUUAGAAUGGAAAGAAACUUUUGUGGUAUUCAGUACAUGACAUGUCCAGUUGGUGAUAAAGAAGGUACGAUUCCAGCCGGUGGAACCUCAGCACCGACACAAAUGGCGCGUAGUAAUGCGUUUACAUUAACGGGAAACACCCAGGCAAUGCAAAUAGCGUCAAUGACAGGAGCAACCUGCCAAACCGACUGGUUAACGAUCCCCUGCGUGUCCAAUGUCGGUAAAUUACCGACCGCUACGAUGACUUGCGUCGACCGGAUAUGUGGUGGAACAUUUAACGCAGAAAAUCAAAAUUUGAACGCGUCUUCCGUUAUCAGUACCGUGAAACCAUUUAGGCUAAUACUUCACACGGAUAGCGUAGAAGCGCCAAACGAUGUUGGGAAUAGAGGAUUCUGUCUGAAUUACAUACAGCAACCAUGCACGACGAAAUUAAGAUGA